UGUGAAGUCUCCACGUGUCUGGAAUCGUGGCCAAGCGAUUGGCAAACAGAAAGUGCGAAAUGGAGAGCCGGAAUGCCGAUGAUGAUAUUGAGGUGCACCAGGUGGCCGCCGGAGGAACGGAGCAGCUGAUGACCUUCCUGCUGGCCCACUACUACCCCGAGGAGCCGCUGACCGCGGGCACACAGCCGCCCGAGCCGGAGGCGGCGGACAAGGAGUUCCUGCUGUCCAACGUCCCCUUUGGCACUUGCUUUGUGGCACUGCACGGCGGCAGGAUUGUGGCCGCCGUGGUGGCGGGACCCAAGGACAUCCACGAGCCGGAGCACUUGGCCGAGGAGGCCGCCAAGUAUGCCGGCGGUAAGUGGGGCACCAUACUGCACCUGCUGUCCGCCGUGGAGACGGCCACCGAUGUGUGCCGUCGCUUCAACGUGCCCAGCUGCCUGCAUGUCCAUGCACUGGGCGUGGAUCCGCAGCUGCGGGGUCGCAACCUGGGCGGUCGCCUCCUGGAGGCAGUGGCCCAGCGGGGCCGGGAACUGGGACACCAGCUGAUCUCCGUCGACUGCACCAGCGUGUACUCCGCCAGAUUGGUCCAGCGCCUGGGCUACCAGCUGAUCAACACGCUGCGGUACGUGGAUCACCUGGACGCCAGUGGGCAGCAGGUCAUCCGCCCGCCGCCGCCACACGAGAGUGUCCAGACCUUUGUGCUGCACUUGUAGGCUAAACAUGUUAUCACCACCAAACCCAAAAGCCCAUAACACACCCCAUGAAAAUCUUAUCAUGAGUUUGUGAACCUGAUAAGUCAGCGCUGAAAAUGCGUCAUGCAAUCAGCUUGUGAAAGCUUAUCACUUUAGUAUAGCAACGCCGAAAUGUACUAAUAUUUCGGCUUAAAUAGCACUGUUUUAUAUUUAAUAAAUGUAUUAGGGAAUUAGUGGUAAUUGCGAUUACUUUGGCAGAUUUUCGCCAGUGCAGAGAUCCACAUAUUGAGUGGCGCC